GAUUGAAUGUGGGUGUGGGUGUGGGUGACUCUCAGGUUUCUACUCUCUCUACCAAAUCAAGUUCGGGAUCUCUGCUUCCGCACUCCUUCUCUCAGUUUCAAUGCGUCUUAGUAUAUAUCUCAAGAUUUGUCAACUUUGCGCCUCUCAAACCAAAUGUCAAAGACUCUUGCAGCAAUUAUAGGAGGUGCUGCAGGAGCCGCAACAUUACUGGGGGUCAUUCUACUUAUCAUCUGCUUCUUCUGGCUUUCUCUUCGCAGGAGAAUUUCCAGAACUUCUGAGACCGGAUCUUCUGAUCCAUCUGCUCAGGGUGAUGUUGGAAGAGCAGUUGGAACUGAGUUGUUGACCUUACGGGGUGCAAGGUGCUUUCAAUUCCAAGAACUAUCUUUGGCAACCAAAGAUUUUAGUGAUAGGAAUUUAAUUGGCCAAGGAAAAUUUGGAGAGGUGUACAAAGGUUUGCUUCAGGAUGGAAUGCUUGUAGCAAUUAAAAAGCGGCCAGGUGCCCCUACUCAAGAGUUCAUUGAUGAGGCUCGGUAUCUCUCAUCUAUUCAACACCGGAAUUUAGUCACUCUCUUGGGUUACUGCCAGGAAAACAAGCAACAGAUACUUGUGUAUGAGUACAUACCGAAUGGGAGUGUAUCCAUUCACUUGUAUGGUGCUGCUCAUGUUUCACGGGAGAGGCUUGAAUUCAAGCAUAGGCUUUCAAUAGCUAUAGGGGCAGCUAAAGGUUUGGAGCAUCUUCACUCCCAAAGUCCUCGUUUAAUUCAUAAGGAUUUCAAGACGGGGAAUGUUCUUGUAGAUGAAAACUUCAUUGCUAAGGUGGCAGACGCAGGGGUUCGCAAUUUUCUUGGAAGAUUUGAUGUUGCAGGCCCAUCCUCUUCCAUCACAGCUGAUGAAAUUUUCCUCGCACCAGAGGUAAGAGAGUUUCGGCGUUUCUCAGAGAAAAGUGAUGUUUACAGUUUUGGAGUAUUUCUUUUGGAGCUAGUAAGCGGGCAGGAAGCAAUGGAUUUACUGUCUUCGAGCACAGAUGGGAACAUAGUUGAAUGGGUGGAAAAUCAUCAAGAUUCGGGCAGCAUAUCCACCAUCAUUGAUCAAAAAUUGGGCAAUAGCUUCACGGCACAAGGCAUGGAAGAAUUUGUUGAGUUGAUGGUUCGGUGUGUGGAGCCUUCGAGUGAAAGGCGAGCGGGCAUGAGUUAUGUGGUCACAGAAUUAGAUCGCAUACUUGAGAAAGAAAUGAGCUUGACUACUAUGAUGGGGGAAGGAACCCCAGUUGUGACCCUUGGAAGCCAGCUUUUCAGGGCUUUAAAAUAAUAAGACCCCCACCCAGCUGUUCCAUAAUUGUAAAAAACAGCAGCUGUAUGAAUCAUUAUUAUUAUUUUUAUUUUUUUCCCUUCUCAUAAAUGUAUUAUUAUUCUUAUUAU